GCAUAUUUUUUUACUUUUGUUUUGACAGGAUGGAAAAUUUGAAGUUGUGGCCAAUGCCUCUGGAGACAGAGUUACCCCUGCAGUGGUGGCAUAUCAUGAGAUGGAAGUGGUAACAGGUCUUGCAGCUAAGCAGGGAAUGAUCCGACAUGCAGCAAAUACCAUUCAGAAUGUGCUACGCAGUGCCAGCUGCAGUGAAGAUGAAGGAGCCUGUCAGUCUAAUGUAUCAUGUUGUCCUAAAUGGGAAAAUAACCAAGUGUGCUACACAGUGCAACGAGGAGAGAAGACUGCAACUGUUACUGCAGAGGAGGUUUUAACUCACAUAUUUACUCUACUCAAAGGCAUUGCCAUGAAUCAGACAAGUGAAUCAGAACUCCCUCUUGUUAUAAGUGUUCCAGCUUGGACCAAUGAAGCUGCUGUUGAGGUUGUCAGGAAAGCUGCCAAGAAAGCUUCUUUUAAUGUGAUGUCCACUGUCAGUCAACCUGUUGCUGCAGUCUUAGCGUAUGGUCUCGUAAAUGACAACAAAAAGAAUUU